AUUAUUGCCCAUCGUCGACAACGAUAGCGAUAUGCGCCGCAUGCCGUAUCAUUUGAUUUGUCUUUAAUAAUUUAAAAUAUCGUGCAAAAUAAAUUCAAUUGAAAACAAAAAUUAAAUUUAAGAUCAGUAUCGAGAUAUACGUAGACUAUUUGAGAUGUGAUAGCGAAUAUUUAUUGAAUUUACGAAAAAAAACCAACAUUAUACUUAUAGCAAUAGUCGAUGUUCCAAUUGCCUGUUUUGGUUUACGAAAGUUUGGUUGUGGAUUUGUGCGUUGUUGUGUUAAUCUUUUUUGUUCUUUUCUUUAUUCAAAGAAUUUAUUUGUGGCGCUGUCUACUUGGAUUUGUAUUUAUUAUACGUGCACGCCAGCCAUGUUAUGAAUACGAUGAGCGAUAUGUGAAAAAUAAAUAUGAUAUAAAUCCAAUCGCACAAAAUCAAACAACUGUAAUUGAUUGUAAAAUCAAUACGAACAAAAUUUUAGGCAACAUAUUGUUGCUAAUCAUUUAUCAUGACGAUUAAACGAAUUGAUGAAAUGUCGAGCUUAUCAAAACGGAUAUGGCGGCAAAUGCCAGUGACAAUAUUGUUGUUACUUUAUAUCUGCCCAAGCGCACAAUGUUUUCCGGAUCAAGGCAAAUGGGAUUUUGUCAUGAACCAUAAUGUACAAUCGGUAACAGUUCCAAAAUCAUUGUAUGCCGACUCAGAGAUAAUUGUAUUAAUUACUUGUGACUCACCGCAACCCAAUACAACAAUUUCAAUAUCAUGGCAACUAGUGUUAUCCGAAUGUUGGCAAGAUUCAUUUAUGGCAUUCGAAAAUGUUGUACCGCGUACAACAAACGAUACAUAUUUCAUUAAACAAAAUGAUAUUCCAGCCCAAUGUAGCAAUGGUGGUCAUAUACCUCUUCUUGAAUAUCAAUCAUCAAAUGAUGUCAAAAAUCGAAUCAAACAGUUAAAUGAUCAAUCCUUGAAGGCGAACGAAACUCGACCAAUCCUAUCAAAUCGUAAACCACAAGUGGCCAACAAUCCAGUGUAUAUAAUUCAAUCCGAUGGUGUGUAUUUGUUUGCGUUGAUAAUAAAAGGAAACAAAGACUAUAAUGCAUCCGUUCACAUUGAAAUGCGCGGCAAAUAUGGUUUCUUGUCAGCUGUUGAUUGGCCAUUGUUACCAUUUUAUGGUCUAAUGUGCUUAAUAUAUGUGCUAUUUGGCGUGAUUUGGUUGCUGGUUUCAUUUAUGCAAUGGCGUGAUUUGUUGCGCAUUCAAUUUUGGAUUGGAGGUGUUAUCUUAUUGGGAAUGUUAGAGAAAGCAAUGUUUUAUGCUGAAUACCAAAGCAUAAAUUCGACUGGAGUUUCAGUGCGUGGUGCUGUUUUGCUAGCUGAAUGGGUUUCAUGUGCCAAAAGAACGCUGGCACGAAUGCUUGUAAUAAUUGUAUCUCUUGGAUUUGGCAUUGUAAAACCGCGUUUGGGUCCAAUGUUGCAUCGUGUUGUCGGUACGGGUGCAUUGUAUUUUGUUUUGGCCAGUGUUGAAAGCUAUUUGCGCGUUAUGAACAUUAAAAGUGACCCGAAUAAUCAAAUUUUAGUAGCAAGUAUCCCGCUUGCUGUUCUCGACUCUGCAAUCUGCUGGUGGAUAUUCACGUCAUUGGUGCAAACAACUCGCACACUUCGAUUGCGUCGAAAUAUGGUGAAAUUAACAUUAUAUAGACACUUUACAAACACUCUUAUAUUUGCCGUUCUUGCAUCGGUAAUAUUUAUGCUGUUUUCGAUAAAAACCCAUAGGCUGUCCAAAUGUCUAACAGAUUGGAAAGAUUUAUGGGAAGAUGAAGCAUUUUGGCAUAUUUUAUUCUCAUUACUAUUGCUUGUUAUAAUGAUUUUAUGGCGUCCGACGAACAACAAUCAACGCUACGCAUUCACGCCAUUACUAGAUCCAGAAGACGAAGAUGACGAAGAAGAUCAAUUUGUGGCCGAUGUUUAUGGCGUCAAAAUGCGCGGAUCACGCAAUACAAAUUCACCAAAAUUGAACAAUCACAGCAAAACAACAACAGAUGAAGACGAUUUAAAAUGGGUCGAAGAAAAUAUUCCAACAGCAAUUGUCGAUUCAACGUUACCUAUUCUGGAUAGCGAUGAAGAAAUUAUCAAUACACGAUUCGAAGUAUCGAAAAUGCAGUAGAUAAAUCCUUCAAAAACAUUUACCAUCAAUGAAUGUUAACAUAAAUUAACGCUGUUUGAAUGACAUUUUGUCUUGGAAUCGGAUAUUCUCUCCUCGCUUGUGUGAUAGAAAUGAGCGUUUGUUUAUGAAAGAGAAACAAAAAUAUAAAUCCAUCAAAUUUAUAUUUAUAUAAAUUACCAAUUAGACAUAACAAAAAGAAAAAUAUAUAGAAGAUUGUGAAUUGAUCUAAUGUUUCGUGUGCAAAAUUAUCAAAAAAUUAAUUUUCAGUUGGGUUGAGUGCUUGAUCAAGAAACAAUUUGUAAUGCAAAUUCACCAGGCACAAAUUCUCGGUCAAAUUUGGACCCGGAUUUGUGUGUAGUUUCAGUCCUCUUCACGGGUGACAUAGCAUAACAUUCAGGUGUGAAUACAUGGAAAAGAGAAACGACAAUCAUUAGUAUCAAUUGAAUUGUGUCCGUAAGAAUAAAUAUGGCAAUACAAAAACGGAAUCUGAAGAACGUUACAUAAUUUUUUUUUAAUAGUACAACUCCAUACAAAAAUUUUUUUAUGUAACCUUCUUCAGAUUCCGUUUUUGUAUUGCCAUAUUUAUUCUUACGGACACAAUUGUGUAUGAAAUAACUUUUUUAAAAUUAAAAACUUUACUCACCUACGGGCUCCUUCCCUCCGUACUAUAUUUGUACUGAACGCACAACAAGGCCACAAAAUUUGUGUAACACAAAUUGUGUCAAGCUACUAAUCGUUAUAAUAUUUGUAUUAUCUAAUUAUUUAUGAAUUCAAUGCUGCUGAUUGUAUGUUGACAUUGUUUGCAUUCGGUGGUCUUCUCAACGAACCAGGCACGUCCUGUGUAAUUAGAAGCAAAAACAUUAAACAAUGAAUAGACACUAUUUUCAAUUGAUUCAAACCUUUGAGCAUAAUGCAUUUUGCAGCAUCAAUAUCGUGAUGCCAAUCAACUGCCUGUGCAGCAGCAACAUAAUCCUGAACAUGUAAUGGCCAAUUUUCUUGACGCUCACCAAACAUUUUUGCGAUCCUGGACAUCAUUUUCGUCUCUUCAAACCAAAUGGCAUCUCUGAUGCACCAAAGAUAAUCAUUGACGGCAUGUUGUUGGUUACUGUCACGGCGAUGUUAUCAUUUACUUGGUUCGAAUUGAUGUAAUGAUCAAAAUCCAGUCGCGAAUAUUUACGCGUUGCAUAUGCUGACAUUCCUUUUCGUAGCAUUUUGAUACGAUACUCUGUUGAAUUACGCGAUGAUGGUGGACCGAACGGAUAUGACUUUAGAUGAUUCUUUUCUUCGAUAUCAAACCUUCCAGCUAAUUUUUUCGCCUCUUUUUCUCCUCCUUUCUGCCAAGUUUCUCAGUAAAAUCGCGUGUUGGGUAUUGUGAUGUUUCCGUUCAAAAUUCAAAUUGAUGAAAAAUAAUGAGUUUCGAUUCAAACACAUUUCAAAUUACCUGGGUUGGUAUUGUAGAUUACUUUGAUACAUAAUCUACAUUUUAUAAAUGUAGAUUACUACCAUGUAAAUUACAUAUUUUUUCUCAUGUAAUCUACAAAAUUUGGAGAUUAUUCAAUUUUGACUAUAUUAAAACCACCAGAAAAUGUAUCAAAACGCCAAAAAUUGAAUAGAGUUUUUAUGGUAAUUUUUAUUGAAAAUGUGUCUAUUUGACUUUUAACAUAACAAAUCUUUUCAAUAGAAACACAUUUCAUUCAUUCACCAACUUCAGAUAAUUUUUUCAGUAGCAUUUUGACUCUGAUUUUGAAUUUUUGAAUAAUGUAGAGUAUACAUAUUCUACGUAAAUUACAUUUUUUUUAAAUCAUGUAGAUUUUCCAACCCAGCAAAUUACAUUUCAAAAUAUCUCACUUCAACGGCUGGACAUAACGUAUUUCUUGCCCACAAGAUUAUCUGCCUGUGAAUGCACAUUUUCGUUGAACGCGAAUAUAUGGAAUAUAUAUUUAUUUCACAGCGAACAGCGUUCCGAACACACAAAAUCGUUGAAAUUGAAAUGACAAUAACAUCAAUUGACUGCCCAAAGCACGCUACAAACACUCGCAUAUAACUUCCAAGAAAUCCUUUUGCAAACAAACCUAACUUUUAUUGUAAACGAAAUCGGUGCGAUAGUUAACUAUACUAACAAUACUGUCAAACGAUGCGGGCACAUUUUUAAUACAUAUAAAUGAAUAUCGUUGGAUUUGGUUUGACACAUAUACACCGCGCCAAUUGAAAAAUGUUGGAAAGAUGUCAGUUGCAUUUCGAAAAUCAGAAAAAUAAAUGAAAUAAAUGACGUGUAGUUCUUUUGCAGAAUUUUAAACUAAAUUACUUUCCGAAUAAAUUGUAUAUUUUUUAUUUUGAGCGUAA